GUAGUCAUUUCUGAAAGUGGUUAAUUUUACUAAGUAAACGGCUAAAAAGGUCUGUGCAGCGUACAAUUAGUGGUUGCGACUGAAAUUGGACACGCAUAUGAGAUUCCGGCAUUCGAUUGGGACGCAGGUGUGCUGGCGGUGCUGGUGGCGUUGGAGCAGGCGAGCGCUCAGAAGGUGUGCCCGCAGUGCGCCUGCCCUGCCAUCUACGACCCCGUGUGCGCCUUCAACAAGGUCACCCGGCGCUACCGCGGCUUCUCCUCUCGCUGCGAGAUGGACUGCACCAACAAGUGCCGCCAGAACAGGAGUAAUUGUAGCAUUUUGUUGACUUACUCUACCAUUCUGCAAGAUUUGAUUAAAUGCAGUAAAUUAAAAUUAUUCCCUGAAGGAAACACAAAUGCAAUUUACUUCAUUAUCAGUCAUAGCUUUAAUGAAAUAAAUUGUUUCAAAUAUUUCCCCUCUCUACUAUGA